GUGGUAGCGCCCGGCUCCAGCUGACCGGCCUGGAAUCCCGGCUCCGAGCCCCGGACCCUCCGCUCCUAGCGACCCCCCGCCCCGGCCCCGCCGGAGACUCGGACCUGCCAUGGGAGACGCCGGCAGCGAGCGCAGCAAGGCGCCCAGCCUGCCGCCCCGGUGCCCCUGCGGCUUCUGGGGGUCCAGCAAGACUAUGAAUCUCUGUUCCAAAUGCUUUGCUGAAAAAAGAAAUCCACACAAUGAAAAAGAUUUCCAAAAGAAGCAGCCAGAUGAUGACUCCACUCCCAGUGCAAGCAACAGCCAAUCAGAUUUGUUCUCUGGAGAAACAAACAGUGACAACAGCAAUACCUCUCUUACUACGCAGACUGUUCACUCCAGCCAGCAACUUUCGACAGAACUGAAUGUAACUUCACUGAGUAAAGAGGAAUGUGGGCCAUGCACAGGUACACCUCAUGUCUCGUUAGGUACACCAACCAAAAGAUCCUGUGACUCUGAUUCACAGUCAGAGAGCGAGGCUUCUCCUGUGAAACGGCCACGGCUACUGGAGGACAGUAAUGACAGGCCUGAGGAAACCAGUCGAUCCAAACAGAAGAGCAGACGCAGGUGCUUCCAGUGCCAAACAAAACUGGAGCUAGUACAGCAGGAAUUGGGAUCAUGUCGCUGUGGUUAUGUGUUCUGUAUGUUACAUCGCCUGCCCGAACAACAUGACUGCACGUUUGACCACAUGGGACGUGGGCGCGAGGAAGCCAUUAUGAAAAUGGUGAAACUGGACCGGAAAGUAGGGAGAUCAUGCCAGCGCAUCGGCGAAGGGUGUUCCUGAGUGCGAGACUCUGCAACCAAAUGCUGUUCUUAGUUCACUAAUGUUAGCCUUAUUUAGGACAAAGUCAGCCAGACACCUUGUACUGGGCAAGUUUCAGACUACAGCCAAUCAGUUUCCUUUCUUUAGCCAACCGUCCUGGUACUGUAGUUUAGGGGUUGAUGGUGGUUGAAAUUGAUUUCUGGCUGGUUACAAAGGUGCCUGCUAGCCAAUGUAUAAAAUUAAAACAUGAAGAAAUAUUUUUUUGAGCAUGGCUAGUGGAUUUAAAACACAACAAAACAAAAAAUCCAAAGGCUUCUGUUAUUGCUGGAGUCAAACUCUAAAAGCCUUAUGCUGGAAACCUUCUAGCUGCAGAGUUAAAAUAAAUAGCUGAGUAGAAGCUGGUGUAAAAGUUUGCUAUGCACACGGCUUUCAGACAAACUGUGUUUAAUGUGCAGCCUUUCACCUCUUCACUUCUAGUAAAUCCUGAAGAGGUGAAACUCCACUAAAAGCAGCAGUGGUAGCUGCUAAGCCCGGAAGACCUGACUGGUCAUCCGUGCCUUCAUCACGUGUGGCUCUUGAGGUUAGGCAAUGUCACCAGCAUCAGGGAUUCUGUUGGGGAGGGAACAUCUUUCUGAUUCUUCCCAGGAAGCCAAAAAGAGAGGAGGACAGAGAUUCUUAUGAAAAAAAUUUAUAUCUAACUUGCUGCAGAGAUCCUGUUUUUCUUCAUUUAAAUUAUGGUGAUCUCAUUUUAAAGCUGGUUCCAUCCUAGAGCAGUAAACAGUGUAUAUUCUCUACAUGGCAUCCAUAGAAUUUCUAAGCGUUGUUUGACCAGAUUCCACGGUUGUUAUGUAUGCUGACCAGUGCUGCCAUUCCCACCGGCCGAAACCUGAUUGGCUCUUGUUUGCCUUUUGCUAAGUGCAGGUAUCUGAUAAUUGAUCAAAUAAGGCUAAUUCACAGCACAGUAGCCAAGGCUGGAUUCUACAGACUGACUUUCUGUAGCUAGACAUAUAUAUUGGGGGGGGAAAGGACAUAUUGUAGCAAACAGAAUUCAGUAACAGUAUUGGGGAACAACCAGGAAAGCAUCCCUCAUCAGCUUGAGUUUUAACAAGAUAAUCAAAUGGGCUAUGUCAGCCUUGUUUCUAUGCAGCUCGAUGCUCUCAUGAAAAUCUCUGCCCGCAUAUAUUGCAAAGCAAGUGAAUGUGAAAUGCAUUACAUGGAAUAGAAAACUUUGGAUCUGUUGUUUAGACUUAUGCGCGCUUUCACACUGAGCCACAUAGAGCUGAACUGCACAGAUCUUGUUAGUUUGUAGCAGAAAAAAAAAAGAGAGAGAAAAAAAAAUCAGCAUGUCUCCUGCUGCAGACAAAGUUUAUGCAGGUCAAGAGGAUUCAUGCUGAUUUGUCUCAGUAGUCCUAUGUGGAUAUGGUUCCCUGACCCAAGUUAGUAAAGCAUUAACAAUCAGGUAGUUUAGUAGAAAAACUGGGAUGGGGGGGAGGAUUUUGUAUAGUUUUGAAAAAUUGGGCUUGUGUAAAACUUCCAAGGGGUGAAGUAGCAUAUUGUCACUCCAAUAAUGGUGUGUGGGGAAAGAGAGCUUAAAUAAGUCCUCCUUUUUUCUGCAUGUGUUAAAGGUAAAUAAUUUCAUACAUGCCAAAUUAAUUUUUAGUUUGGUAGCCAGAUCAAACCAUUUGAUGAGACAUUUUUUUAAAAAUACACUCAGCAUCAGACUGUAUUAGUGUGAUUUAAUCAUGAAGUAAAUCAGAAAUGUUCCAUCAUUUGUAAAAUGCAAGCUAUGUAAACCAAACUAUUUUUUUAUUAUUCAAGGUUAUGGAAUCAGCAACAAAAUUUCCAGCUGUAUUUUCAGGAAAUGGUCCCACUCCAUCCUGGUGACAAGGCAAUCUGAGGAUAUUUUUAACACUUGCCAUGAAGAGUUUAAAAACCAUGGAUUUCAGCUGUUGCUGAGAUACGCACUUUCUUUUCCUCUAAAAUCAUAGCAUAGUCUUUGGUGGACAUUCUGAUUGACACACAAGACUCCUCCGCAUUAAUACUGAUGAUGCUGUUUAUCCCUCCUACUCCUUUAACCCUGUUAUAAAUGCACAGUUGGUUUCAAGGUGGCUCUUAAGAGAACACUACUCAAAGUUCAUGUGGAUUAUGGGCAAUAUUCACUUUAAAAAAAAAAGUGGGGGGAGAGGUUGUUCCUUCUGCAGUAUCUGUUCUGUGAAGUUUGUUAAACGUAAAGAAAGCUUAAGUUCUUGUAUCUUUAAAGAAAAUCUUAUUUAACCCUUUUGUGUUCUAGAUUUACUUACACAUGUAGCCUAGUGCUCAGUUUUAGUUUAACAUUGUGAAAAUAUUAAAAGACUCUUGUAACUUUAUUCUUUUUCCUCCUGCUAAAAAAAAAAAAAUUAAACCAAUCAGACUAAAGUUUGAA